GCUUGAUGCAGUGUUGGCUUCUGUUCGGCGAAUUGAGGGACGCCAGUGUUGAUUCUCCACCAAACAAGGCAACCGUGGGGACUUUCACAAGGAUCGCUCGACGGAUGAACAGGUGACUGAAGGCAAGUUCGCCGGUUCACCGGAUGGUAUGUCAUGACUGUCGGCAAACGAGCCAGACACUGGCAAUCCAGCCUCAGUCGACAUGUAUGGCGGGCCAAUGAUGUCCUGCUUGAAGGCUGCCACCAACCUUUACGUGCCCACCAAUUGCUUGUGCCUCGGUUGAUAGGGACAAAGCGCCGUUUUGGAUCGAGGGGCUCCAGUCACAUUAUAGGGGGCUUAGGGCCAGACAUUCGUCCCCCACGAAAGGCGAGAAUAACCGCUCCGAGCCUCAGGCGAUUGUUUUCGACGACUCACGAGCUCCAGGGUAGCAUGCCACAGCCGAAUGCGAAACCGGCUGACACGGCGAGGAACUCCAUGUUUCGGAACCGGAAUUUAAAGAAUCUCAUAUGGCAACAAGACACCGGGGUUUCCAGACAAGGAGGGCAACUGAAUAGAAAAAACGUGUACUCACAUCCGCAGAUUGAUGUAUUCUGUUCAAAGAGCUUCUUGCCAACAUCGCCAUAGUACCUGACUGCCCGGAACUCAUUCCAGCAGGAAGUGAGAGUCGUCCGAGAGCAAGAGCUGAGGCCCGAAUUCUGCCGCCGCUGGGGCUGUGGGGGAGUUUUUGUUGUCUAAUCUUCGACGUGGUCAGGUGCUGGUCUGUAGCCCCCAGCGGAACCCUUCAGGGUGGCGUUCGAGGACAGAUCAAGACACUGUCGGGGUGUUGAUGCUUGCGAUCUCACGAGGGAACGAACAAGCUAGCAGUUCAUUUCAGACUGAUGAAAGUGUCUGGCAGAGAGAGAGGCGUAGAAGGAGGAUAGGGUCACAGAUCGGAAACUCGUUAAUUGGAAGGCUGUUGAGUAGGAGAAACGGCAGGGCGUCUGGCGCAGUUCUUAGGCGGGAUUUUCGGGUGGUCGUAGUGUGUACACCCUCCGAGCACUGUCUGUCCCUAAGUCACUUUAUCGCGCCGCCUGCCAGCCAGCAAAGAGUGAUCUGGACCGAAUUUAAGGAUAAGUCGGAGUGCUCUGAAGUCUAGGAGUACUAUAGUAUGGCAGAGGUAUAUUACAGGUACUCUGGCAUUCUGUUCAGCUGGCGGAGACCAGGCGAGGGACAAAACCUAGCGAGAAUCCUUAUCGCAGGAGGCUUAUCGGUACUUGUUAGUACCCCAAAAUUACAAUUUACUCCUAGUACCCUGGCGGGCAUGAAGCGAAUCCAAGUGCACAUACGCUGAACGCAUGAAAACUUGUUCCAUC